CACCGUGCUCUACCCCGCUCCUCCGUCGGAGGUGGCGGCGCGCUGCGACUGGGACGCGAUGCAGCGGGGAGCAGGCGGCGGACGCACCUUCAGCGCAGACGGCACGGACACUGCCGACGACACAGUGGGAGCGGCGGAGGCGAGGAUGCGGGCCGAGUUUGCAGAGGAUGCCGCGGCGAGCGCGGGUCUCUCGAUGCCCGUCUCCUCCCCUUGGACGCGCUUCUCCAAGCCAGCGCUCGGGCUGGGCACACCUCUGAGCAUGGCGCUGAAGGCCGGCGAUGCGCUGUGGAUGGACUACCGCUGCUUCCACCACGGCGGCGCCAAUCGCAGCGACGAGCUGCGGGCCGUGCUGUACGCGACCUUCAGCGAGGACAGGGAGGAGGGCGAAGGUGCGGAGACGAUGGACGCCGAGGCUGGUCACGGGGACCACACGUCCUUUUCGAUGGCGCCGCGGGAACAGUGCCACUGCCUCUCCGAGUAUUUGGGUGCGAGGCUUUGAGACGGAGGUCUUUUUGGUCUUGGCAGGGUCCGCUUUACCCUUUAGCUUUACGGCUUUUGUUGACUCUGUUGGUGGGAAAAUCAAUAUGUAAAUCCCUAAAUGAAUUU